AUGGUCUGCGCAAAAUGCCAGAAAAAGCUCAAGCAAACCGAACUAGCCACCCCGGGCGUCAAGCGGAAAAGCGAAAUGUACUAUGGCUCCCCAUCGACAUCGCUAGGUGGUGGCGGAUCCGGUGCUGGAGGCGCAGGGUCGGCGACGGCGGGUAAGGCGAAGCCGACGUUGGGAGGGACAGGGAUCUCAAAGAAUAAACUACUCAGCUCCAAGGCGAAGAACCCCUACGCCGCGUAUUCGUCUUCGUGCGAUAUGUGCAAGACCAAGACAGAGCAAGGGAAGAAGUAUUGCCAGCGGUGUGCUUAUCAAAAGAAUGCAUGUCCCAUGUGUGGGAAGAGCUUGAGUGGCAAGUCCUCGAAAGACCAGCCAGUCGUACAGGGGCAGAAGUUCAAUCUAAAGUGA